AUGGGAUCCAUAAGUGCAGCAAAUGCAGAAUUUUGCUUUGAUAUGUUCAAAGAGCUGAAAGUUCACCAUGUCAAGGAGAACAUUUUCUACUCUCCCCUGAGCAUCAUUUCAGCCCUGACCAUGGUCUAUAUGGGAGCAAGAGGUAACACUGAAUCUCAGAUGGAGAAGGUUCUUCACUUUGAUGAAAUUGCAGGACUUGGAGGAACUAUUUACACCAAGUGUGGCAAGUCUGUGAACAUCCAUAUACUAUUUAAAGAACUUCUCUCUGAUAUCACUGCACCAAAAGCCAAUUAUUCACUCUACAUUGCCAACAGACUCUAUGCUGAAAAGACAUGUCCAAUCCUACCGAUAUACUUAAAAUGUGUGAAGAAACUGUACAGAGCAGGUCUGGAAAUGAUCAACUUCAAAACAGCAUCAGAUCAAGCUAGACAGCUUAUUAAUGCCUGGGUGGAAAAUCAGACAAAUGGACACAUCCAAGACUUCCUUGAACCAGGCUCUGUUGACCUCGAUACUGCACUGCUUCUCGUAAAUGCCAUUUACUUCAAAGGGAUGUGGAAGAAAGCGUUCAGGGAAGAAAACACUCAGGAAGCGCUCUUCAGCGUCACAGAGCAAGAAAGCAAGCCUGUGCAAAUGAUGUAUCAGAAUGCUACAUUCAAAGUAGCAGUGGUGGCUGCUGAGAAAAUAAAAGUUCUGGAGCUUCCAUAUGCCAGUGGAGACCUGAGCAUGUUGGUGCUGCUGCCUGAGGACGCCUCCAGCCUGGAGCAGCUGGAGAGCACAAUCAGCUUUGAAAAACUAACUGAGUGGACCAGUCCCAAUAUGAUGGAAAAGAAGACAGUGAAAGUGUACCUCCCCCGCAUGAAGAUUGAGGAAAAAUAUAAUCUCACCUCUGUCUUAAUGGCUUUGGGCAUGACCGACCUGUUCAGCCCUUCGGCCAAUCUGUCCGGCAUCUCCGCGGCAGAGGCUCUGAAGAUGUCGCAGGCUCUCCACAAGGCAUCCAUGGAAGUCAGUGAAGCAGGCACUGAGGUGGCAGGCUCAACCGGGGCUCUGGGGGAGAUCAAACAUUCCCCUGUGCCUGAGGAGUUCAGAGCCGACCACCCGUUCCUCUUCUUGAUCAAGCACAACCCAACCAACAGCAUCCUCUUCUUUGGCAGAUAUUUUUCCCCUUAA